CGAAAAGAAAGAAGUGUUCCAACCAUCGAGGCUGCUAUCCGGUCGACAAUGGAUGAGCUUUUCGACGUUUUUGAGGACCAGCCUCAGGCUGUCACGUCCUCCGAGAUUCCACGCACACGGCCGAAGAAGGACAAGAGCAAGAAGCGCCAGGUCAACGGUGAUGUGAAGGGAAAUGGUGAGGUCUCAGAGGCGAAGGAGGAUGUUGUUGUUUCCGACAUUCCCGAUCAAGAUAUGGUAGAUGCGGAGGGGGAGGAGAAGAAGGAGGAGGAGGGAGAAGCUUCAGGCUCAGACGCCAACAACCAGCCGGAGGCGAAGCGACCGCGACUCGAGAAGGAACCGGAGCCCGUUGUUGCAGACUUGUUUGAGACCGCGCAGGAGCGUGAGAUCGCAGGAUCGGCAGGUCUUCAGGCUGUCAAAGAAGCAGGCCCAGUGGUGUUGUCUCACCAGGUUCGACACCAGGUCGCCAUUCCUCCGAAUUAUCCAUACGUGCCCAUCUCCGAACACAAGCCCCCCGAGAACCCCGCGAGAGUGUGGCCGUUUACGCUCGAUCCCUUCCAGCAAGUCUCAGUCGCAUCUAUUCAACGAGAAGAAAGUGUUCUGGUGUCCGCCCAUACGAGUGCAGGAAAGACUGUGGUUGCCGAGUAUGCUAUUGCGCAAAGUCUGAAAAAUAACCAGAGAGUCAUCUACACCAGUCCCAUCAAGGCGCUGAGCAACCAGAAGUACCGAGAAUUCGCUGCCGAGUUUGGCGACGUUGGUCUAAUGACUGGAGAUGUGACAAUCAACCCGACUGCUACUUGCCUGGUGAUGACAACAGAGAUUUUGAGAUCUAUGUUGUACCGUGGCUCCGAGAUUAUGCGCGAAGUCGCGUGGGUUGUUUUUGAUGAGAUUCAUUACAUGCGAGAUGCCACCCGAGGUGUCGUUUGGGAAGAGACCAUUAUUCUACUGCCUGACAAGGUUCGAUACGUAUUCUUGUCUGCGACAAUUCCCAACGCCAUGCAGUUCGCCGAGUGGAUUGUGAAGAUGCACAACCAGCCCUGCCACGUUGUCUACACUGACUUCCGACCUACACCAUUACAGCAUUAUUUCUUCCCUGCUGGCUCUGAGGGAAUGCAUUUGGUUGUUGAUGAGAAGGGCAAUUUCCGUGAGGAGAACUUCCAAAAGGCCAUGAGCUCCAUCGCAGACAAGAAGGGCGACGACCCUGCGGACGCACUCGCCAAGAGGAAAGGGAGGGGCAAGGAUAAGAAGCUUAAUAAAGGUGGAUCGAAGGGCCCCAGUGAUAUCUAUAAGAUUGUCAAAAUGAUCAUGCUCAAGAACCUGAAUCCUGUGAUUGUCUUCAGUUUCAGCAAGCGUGAAUGCGAGUCAUGUGCGUUGCAAAUGAGCACCUUGGCCUUCAACGAUGAUUCAGAAAAGGAGAUGGUGUCCAAGGUGUUCAACAGCGCGAUCGAGAUGUUAUCGGAAGAAGACAGAAACUUGCCUCAAAUUCAGAACAUCCUGCCGCUUCUCCGAAGAGGUAUUGGUGUUCACCACUCCGGGCUUCUUCCUAUUCUGAAGGAGACCAUUGAGAUUCUAUUCCAAGAAGGUCUCAUCAAAGUUCUUUUCGCAACCGAAACGUUCUCCAUCGGUCUUAACAUGCCUGCGAAGACGGUUGUCUUCACCAGUGUACGAAAAUUCGAUGGCUUCAGCCAGCGCUGGGUCACCCCAUCGGAGUUUGUGCAAAUGUCAGGCCGUGCUGGUCGAAGAGGUCUGGAUGACCGAGGUAUUGUUAUCAUGAUGGUAGGCGAGGAAAUGGAUCCUGCGGUAGCCAAGGAGAUUGUUCGUGGUGAGCAGGACCGACUGAAUUCGGCGUUCCAUCUGGGCUACAACAUGAUUCUAAAUCUCAUGCGUGUCGAGGGCAUCUCGCCCGAAUUUAUGCUGGAGAGAUGCUUUUAUCAAUUCCAGAAUGUGGCCGGUGUAGCCGGUCUUGAGAAAGAACUUGUCGAAUUGGAAGAUACGAGGGCCAAUAUGUCUAUCGCAGAUGAGGGAACCAUCCGCGAAUACUACGAUCUGAGGAAACAGCUGAACCAGUUCAGUGAUGAUGUCCAGGCGGUCAUUAGCCACCCCGAUUACUGCAUAUCGUUCCUUGUGCCGGGACGUCUGCUUCAUAUUAAGCACAAGGAUCACGAUUUCGGCUGGGGAGUAGUGGUGAACUGCAAGAAACGCAAGCCUUCGAGAAACCCGGCGGAGCAGUUUACUGACCAUCAAUCAUGGAUUGUCGAUGUCCUCCUGAAAGUUGCGGACAGCGGAGCCUCCAUCGGCACCAAGACGUUUGAAGAUUUGCCAUCGGGUGUCCGCCCACCAAAAGAGGGUGAAGCAUUCCGGAUGGAGGUUGUUCCGGUUGUGCUCAGUUGCAUUCAAUCCAUCGCACAUCUGCGAAUCUUCCUUCCGAAAGAUGUGCAGUCUGCAGAUUCACGAAAUGGAGUGAGGAAAGCCCUUGAUGAAGUCAAGAAGCGGUUCCCGGAUGGCAUUGCCGUGCUUGAUCCGAUCGAGAACAUGGGCAUCAAGGACGAUAGCUUCAAGAAACUGCUCAGGAAAAUCGAGGUGCUCGAAUCCCGCCUUCUCUCCAACCCAUUACACAACUCUCCCAGGCUACAAGAGUUGUACGACCAGUAUUCCGAGAAGGUGGAGCUGGGCAAUAAGAUCAAAGCCACCAAGAAGAAGAUCUCCGAGGGCAUGUCGAUCAUGCAAUUAGACGAGCUCAAAUGUCGUAAACGAGUGCUCCGUCGCUUUGGGUUUAUCAAUGAGGCCGAAGUUGUCCAGUUAAAGGCCCGCGUGGCGUGUGAAAUCAGCACUGGCGACGAGUUGAUGCUCAGCGAACUUCUGUUCAACGGCUUCUUCAACAAGCUGACCCCCGAGCAAGCGGCUUCCGUAUUGAGCGUCUUCGUAUUCGAAGAAAAGACCAAGGAAACCCCGGCGCUCACCAGAGACGAGCUUGCGAAACCCCUCAAAGAGAUCCAAGCGCAAGCGCGGAUUGUUGCCAAAGUCGCGCAGGAGUCCAAGUUAGCUGUCAACGAGGAGGAAUACGUGCAGAGUUUCCACUGGGAAUUAAUGGAGGUUAUUUACGAAUGGGCUAAUGGCAAAUCCUUUGCCGAUAUUUGUAAAAUGACCGAAGUCUACGAAGGCAGUUUGAUUCGAGUCUUCCGCCGAUUAGAAGAAUGUCUACGACAAAUGGCUCAGGCAGCCAAGGUCAUGGGCAGCGAAGAACUCGAAAGUAAAUUCGAGACGGCAUUGACCAAGGUGCGCAGAGAUAUUGUUGCCGCUCAGUCCCUGUAUCUGUAA